CUUUUAUUUUGGAAGGCGGGUUUUCCGCCGGUUGUGUGGAGACGCCUCUCGGUAAUGGAGCUCGCUGUUUGAGCCUCAGUCUGAGUUUAUACUUUAAUUUCUGGUUUCUGAGAUGAAUCCGGCGUUAGAGAAGAUGAACGGAGCGGCGUUCCCGUCUCCCACAGCCGAAAUGGCCGAGAUGAACCGCAUCCACUACGAGCUCCAGUACACGGAGGGCAUCAGCCAGCGCAUGCGCGUGCCCGAGAUGCUGAAGGUCGCGCCGUACACCGGCGAGGAGAAAGACGGCGGCGCCGCCAAUCCGGGCCACGAUCCGGUUCUGCACACGGCCAUGAUGCAGGUCCCCGACAGGAUCAUCGUCACAGGAGAUCAUGAAGACACGCAGUUCUCCAGACCCAGAGAUCUGGAUCUUAUCCAGUCCACGCCGCUGGAGACUCUGUCUCUGAAGACUCCUCCUCGGGUUCUCACCCUCAACGAACGCCCCCUCGACUUCCUGGAGAUGGAGCAGCCCAGCGAAGAGGUACGCACUCAGAGCAGAGCACGCAGAGAACGUUCAGUCAGCGAAAACGCAGCUGUGCGUCACAACGGCCAGGUCCCCAGAAACGACUCCUCUGUUUCUCCUCCUUCCCCCUCCGCUCUGCGCGCUCUGUCGCUUCGGCGUCCUCCUGAUGAGGGGCAGGGUGUUUCCGGUGCGCGCGGCGUUCUCUCCUUCCUCCAGUCCAGCACACGUCGGGCCUACCAGCAGCUCCUGGAGGUCCUGGAUGAGAACCAGCGCAGUAAGCCUUCUCUGAGAGGGGGUUCCACCUCCUCUAACCUCCAGCAUCAUGAUAACAGAUUCGCGCUGGCCACACUGGACACGUCUAUGGAAGGUGGAGAAGACCUGGCCGUGGCAGACGCUACAGCUUUAAGGAGACAGAUCAUUAAGCUGAACCGGCGGCUGCAGCUCUUAGAGGAAGAGAACAAAGAGCGAGCCAAGCGCGAGAUGAUCAUGUACUCCAUCACCGUGGCGUUCUGGCUCAUCAACAGCUGGGUGUGGCUCCGGCGCUGAAUCAGCAGCGACCCUGUUUUGCCUAAGCUCCGCCUCCUCGCUUCAAGUGUCGAACGUCAGCCCUGAUUUAUGCACUCGGGUCCCAAAGCUCGCGAGCCUCUCCUCACUGCCUGCACAGGGAGACUCCAUCAGCUGAAACACACCUGUCCUCUUCCUGUACACCUGUGAUUCGUUUUGUAAACAUUGACAUCAUUGUUCUUAAAGACCAUGCAUGAUCCAGGUGUAUAAUAACAUAAUAUAAUAUAAUAUAUUCUCAUGCUUUUGCUUCACUCUUAGACAAGAUUCAGCGCUGUGUUUGUAUUCAGCCUGUUCUCGGACCGUGAUAUUCCUGUCUGUAUUCCCACAAGCACAACUCCACGGAUAAAGACGACCCGAUUCUGUCUGAAAUGAUGCAUCUGGUAAAUAUGGACCCAAGAAAACGGGACACACUCGUCUAAAUAUCUUGCGACUAGUCGGACUGAUAGUAUUUAAGGAAUGUCGUGAUGAUUUUUGUGAAGCUGUUGCGACGUCUUGAAAUGUUCUGUAACGUCCUGUUCCGUCUUUCCUGUGAUGGAUGUGAUGAUCGUGUUUGGAAUUUUGAGACCAUGUUUGGAAUGGGAUGACCAUAAUUAUGUAUUAUAACUUCUCUUUCUCUCUCUCUUUCUCUCUCUUUCUCUCUCUUUCUCUCUCUCUCUCUCUCUCUCUCUCUCUCUCUCUUGUCCGUAUGCACUAUGAUGUAACUACAGAAUAAAGAGCAAUGGUACCUCCAUA